AGAAAACUCCAGGCUCCACUCAACUGGCAACUUCAACUCCUGGUCCUGUGUUGAAGGAGUUUGCUUUCUACCACCAUGACCCAACUGGGCUUCCUGUUGUUUCUGAUUGUGGCCACCAGAGGGUGCAGUGCUGCUCCCUCUAGAGUGGUCAGUACUGUUCCCAAGAAAUGGACCUGGUCUUUAUUGUCUGCACCUCUGCCUAGAAGCUGCAAAGAAAUUAAAGAGAAGUACCUUAGGGCAGAUGAUGGACUGUAUUUCCUCCGGGCCAAGAAUGGUGUCAUCUACCAGACCUUCUGUGACAUGACCUCUGCGGGUGGCGGCUGGACCCUGGUGGCCAGUGUGCACGAGAACAGCAUGCCUGGGAAGUGCACGGUGGGUGAUCGGUGGUCCAGUCAACAGGGCAACAGAGCAGACUACCCGGAGGGGGAUGGCAACUGGGCCAAUUACAACACCUUUGGGUCUGCAGAGGCGGCCACCAGCGACGACUAUAAGAACCCUGGCUACUAUGACAUCCAGGCCCAGGACCUGGGCAUCUGGCAUGUGCCCAACAACAGCCCCAUGCAGAAUUGGUGGAACAGCUCUCUGCUGAGGUACCGCACCAUAACUGGUUUCUUCCAGCAUCUGGAACAUAAUCUGUUUGGCCUCUACCAGUGGAAUUCACUGCAGGAUUUAUCCAGUUCAGAGUAUUUAAUAAUGAGGGAGCAGCCAAUGCCUUGUGUGCUGGAAUGAAGGUCACCGGAUGUAACACUGAAUUUCACUGCAUCGGUGGAGGAGGAUACUUCCCAGAGAGUGAUCCCCUGCAGUGUGGAGACUUCUCUGCUUUUGAUUGGAAUGGACAUGGAACUCGUGUUUCUUAUAGCAGCAGCCGGGAGAUAACGGAGGCAGCUGUGU